AGCUGUCAAUUAUCGACAUGAUUUUCACAGUGGCAAGCAUUCUGCUAAUAGACUUUUUCCGUGGACUAUUUGUCCGAUACUUAAGUGAUUGCUGGUGCUGGGAUCUGGAAAGCAAGUUUCCAGAAUAUGGAGAAUUCAAAAUUGCAGAGAAUGUGCUACAUUUGGUCUACAACCAAGGAAUGAUUUGGAUGGGAGCCUUCUUUUCACCCUGCCUCCCAGCUUUCAAUGUUCUGAAGUUGAUUGGACUUAUGUACCUGAGGAGCUGGGCUGUGUUAACAUGUAACGUACCACAUCAGCAGGUUUUCAGAGCUUCAAG